AUGAGAGUCGUGUGUGCAUGGCCAUUGUCGGGCCAGUAUGGCCCGGGCACCAGAUUCCUGUAUUAUGCUCUGAUCUGUGCAUGCUUCUUCGGUAGGGAAGUGGAAUGGCUUAGAGCUGCCUGCUUGGCAGCUGCCCUGCUGUUCCCUGCUGUUGCUGCCCUCCAUGGUAUAGUACUUGCAGCUGUCCAUGUGGAUGGUGCUGUCGACAUGGAUAUCUACGGCGCCCUCCAGGUCUGCGCCAUCGGUAUUCUCCUUGCACCCGUAACAGUCAUGCUGUCCCGAAGCUAUUUCGAGCAACCCGGGAGCAGCAUAAUCAUUCUGUGGACCGCGCUGAUACUUGCUGGCCAGAUAAGCUUGACCAUCGAGUUCUUUCGCGCUACGACCACGGUCUGCACCUACGAUAACACCGGCAAUCCGCUCCCGACCCCUUCUGGUGCGACAUGUUCCCUUGUCUGUUCUGUUGAAAAAGGUCCUUAUUCUCUCAUACGUGGUGGCUCUGCAAACAAUAUCUAUGUGAUACCAGCUCCAGACAAGCUUACAUUCCACUCCGGAACGCUCCUCUCUGCAGCUUGCUGCAUACCAGCCAUCCUCCUCCUCAUCUGUAACUGGAACAAGAUCCGUGAGAUCAACCGCUUGAAGGCAAAGCAAAGCAAUGCCAGAGGUGACCAUGAUGUAGAGGCUCAGGCAAGGCCUGAGGUGGAUGACACAAACAGGCCAGAAGCUCAAACUGGCUCGGAAGCUGAAUAUUCGAACGACCAACAGCAUUGUGAUGGUCAUGAUGAUGAAGCUCCAACGCGCCCUUGCAAUUGCAACGGGCUUAAAUAUGAAAAUACCGACAAUCGACGGACUCGCAAUAUUGUGGCUACAACAAUAUUUGGUGCGGCGAUCCUGUCUAUCCUCAUAAUUGGCGAGUGGAAUUUCUUCAGCGCUCAAAUCCGAUACCAGACUGAGCCAAUAACAAGUAUAGGUCAAUGGGCCCCAGUGGUUGGUACAUGGCUCGCACUGCUUGGUUCAGUUUAUGUGCGCCUUGCAAAGGAUGUUAUAUUUGAGCAGCUGAAGCAGGACAAGAAAAAGCAGGGAAAAAAGAAAGCUGACACGGAAAAGCAGGAAGAAAUGAGUUCCAACACAGAACACGAACACGCUCAUGUGGCGACAAACCCUGUUCUCCCAGGUCUCGCUUCGGUUAAUAACGCCGUAUGUCACCGGUGUGGUGGUGUCUCGCGAGACAGUGUCCAGUCUAGUAAGGGACCAUCGCGAAAGGAAAAAGCCUUGCGGAUCCUCGCAGAUUGGCGGCGUCAAGGAGUUCGAAAGAUGAUCGCGGUUGUCGACUACAUCGGCACCGCUCCGAAAGACACGUUUGAAAAUACGGCAGCAUUUCUACGCGCAAAGCUUAUAUGGAUUCAUUAUCCUGGCGAGAGCCUCAAGAAUCCUCUUUUGCCUGAGACACAAGAUCAAUAUGGACGCUCAACGAGAGAGUUCUCUAGGACCAUUGAUCAAACAACUUCGAGGGCCGGCAGCAUUCGGUCAAGUUAUGACCCAGAAACUACCUCUACUGGAUUCAUUCAAUCGCCGAAAUCGCCUUCCUUGCCACGUUUUAGCUCCAACGAGACACGGCUUAAAACUGUCACAACAGUCUCAGACGGCAGCUCUCAAGGAGGACAGAGAUCUUCUGAGUCGCCAAUACGACGAGGCACAUCGAACGCACUUCAGGUGCCGACCCUUCCGUCCCCUGUCCAUCGUGCCACCCCAAUGGGGAGCUCUCCCCCUUCACCAACCUCGUCGGUCAUUUUGGCGGGUGGGGUCAAUGUGCCUUCACUCGUUGUUACUCCUGAUGGCGAUACUUCUUUAUUAUCUCCACUGAUGCGAGGAUCUCUUCGAGAUUCGCAUCCAUCGCCACCGGUCACAGAGUCGCAUAAGUGGUAUUUCCGCCGCCGCAACGGCACCCUGUAA